AUGGUUAGAAGGGGAGUAGCUAGGAAAUUAACCAAUAAAGAGAUUCAAGAGUACAAUGGCCCAGUUCACUAUAUUCAUCAUCAUGAGGUGUUGAAGCCAGAAUCUAGUUCAACCCCAGUGCGCAUUGUCUUCAGUUCUUCAGCAUCUUAUAUGGGACAAAGGUUAAACGAUUUUUGGGCUAAGGGGCCUGAUAUUUUGAACAGUUUGCUAGGAGUGUUGUGUAGACUUAGGCAAGAUAAUAUAGCCGUGGGUGACAUAGCAAAGAUGUACCAUACUGUAAAACUCAGCACACUAGAUGAACAUACGCAUAGAUUUGUAUGGAGGGACUUGGAUGAUAGUAGGCCACCUGAUCAGUAUGUUCUUACCACAGUAACAUUUGGAGAUAGGCCCAGUGGUACUAUAGCUAUGGUAGCUUUGAGACAUACAGUAGAACAAUUCGGUAAGGAAUCCCCUGAUGUGCAAGAUAUGAUUCUUAAUAAUACAUCUGCAGAUGAUAUACUGUAUUCUACUGAUGCCAUCGAGAACGCAAUCAAAUUAAUACAGGAUACUGAAAGGGUAUUGUCUCAGGGAAGUUUCAGAAUAAAGCACUGGAUAGUCAGCGGGCAUUAUGAAAACUGCAAUAUAAGAAUAAUAGAAUCUGAUAGUGAGAAAAUCUUAGGUUUAAAAUGGAAUCCUGUAGAUGACUAUUUUUCCUUUGCUGUAAGACUCAACUUUACACCAAGAAUAAGAAAGGUUAGGAGUGGUCCAAAUUUAGAUAUAGGUGAAUUUGAUUAUAAAUUUCCAGAAAUAUUAACACGCAGAAAGAUAUUGAGUCAAAUUGCAUCGUUGUAUGAUCCAUUAGGGUUGGUUAUACCAGUAUUACUCAAAGCUAAGAUCUUGAUGAGAUCCAUGAUUUCCAAAAGUAACUCGAAUGGUGGUGGAAUCAAGUGGGAUGAUCCACUUGAUGAUUCCAUGAUGAACGAAUGGAAAGCGUUUUUCAAAGAGUCAUUAACUUUUAGAAGACCCUUAAAGCCAUCUAAUGCUUUUGGUAAGCCGAACCUAGUAAUAUUUUCUGAUGGUAGCACGCAAGCAUAUGGGGCUUGUGCAUAUGUGAGGUGGCAAAUCAGUGAUAAUAAGUUUAAAUCAAGUCUGAUAAUGGCGAAAAAUAAGAUUGCACCAGUGAAACAAAUGUCUAUUCCUCGUCUGGAAUUAUGUGGUGCUCUCAUAGCUGCUAGGAUGAGAGAACUCAUAGUAAAGGAGUUUUCAUGGGAGUUUGAGUCAGUUUAUCACAUAGUUGACUCAACAAUUGUAAGAUCACAAAUUCAAAAGGAGUCCUGUGGAUUCAACACAUUUGUUGCUGUACGCAUUGCAGAGAUACAAAUAAAAACUGAUUCAAGGGAAUGGUGGUGGGUUGAUUCAAUUCAAAAUGUUGCAGAUAUGACCUCUAAACCGUGUAGUCCAGAAAAAAUUGGUGAAAAUUCUGCCUGGCAAAAUGGACCAAAAUUCCUAACAUUACCAAUUUCAAAAUGGCCUAUCAAACUAAAUUGUGAAAAUGAACUAACUGAUAGAGUAGGUGUUGUCAUGGCUGUUGCUAAAGUAAGUCAGAACCAUGUUAUACACAUGAUUGAUGUUAAUAGAUUUAGUGAUUAUUACAAACUACUAAGAGUUACAUGUAGGGUAAUGAAUGUUUUCAAAUGCAGAUCCUUUAAGGGCAUGCUGAGGGAACCAACAGUUCAAGGAAUUAUUAAAAGCAGAACUAAUGUGGGUUAG